CCGCCGAUAAAUAGACGAGGAAGUACCAAGCGGGAAGCUGCAGUUUUAGCUAACACACAGCUGGCUGUAGCUACAUAGCGGUGCCAACGAAGACUUGAAAAUGCCCCGGGAAAUCAUAACGUUACAACUUGGACAGUGCGGGAACCAAAUCGGCUUUGAGUUCUGGAAGCAGUUGUGUGCAGAGCAUGGCAUCAGUCCAGAAGGGAUCGUUGAGGAGUUUGCCACGGAAGGGACGGACAGAAAGGAUGUGUUCUUCUAUCAGGCCGACGACGAGCACUACAUCCCCCGUGCAGUCCUCCUGGACCUGGAGCCCAGGGUGAUCCACUCCAUCCUUAACUCGCCGUACGCCAACCUGUACAACCCGGAGAACAUUUACCUGUCAGAGCACGGCGGGGGCGCAGGAAACAACUGGGCUAGCGGAUAUUCCCAGGGGAAAAAAAUCCAAGAGGACAUUUUUGACAUCAUCGACCGGGAGGCAGAUGGAAGCGACAGUCUCGAGGGAUUUGUGCUGUGUCAUUCCAUCGCUGGGGGGACAGGCUCCGGUCUGGGCUCGUACCUGCUGGAGAAGCUGAACGACAGGUACCCCAAGAAGCUGGUGCAGACAUACUCGGUCUUCCCCAACCAGGACGAGAUGAGCGACGUGGUGGUGCAGCCGUACAACUCACUGCUGACGCUCAAGAGGCUCACGCAGAACGCUGAUUGUGUGGUGGUGUUGGACAACACGGCUCUGAAUCGCAUCGCCACAGACCGCCUGCACAUCCAGAAUCCAUCCUUCUCACAGAUCAACCAGCUGGUGUCCACCAUCAUGUCCGCCAGCACCACCACGCUGCGCUACCCGGGCUACAUGAACAACGACCUCAUCGGCCUCAUCGCCUCCCUCAUCCCCACGCCGCGCCUCCACUUCCUGAUGACGGGCUACACGCCGCUCACCACCGACCAGUCGGUGGCCAGCGUAAGGAAGACCACGGUGCUGGACGUGAUGAGGAGGCUCCUGCAGCCCAAGAACGUGAUGGUGUCCACGGGCAGGGAGCGCCAGUCCAGCCACUGUUACAUCGCCAUCCUCAACAUCAUCCAGGGGGAGGUGGACCCCACUCAGGUGCACAAGAGUCUCCAGAGGAUCCGUGAGCGCAAACUGGCCAGCUUCAUCCCCUGGGGUCCUGCCAGCAUCCAGGUGGCGCUCUCAAGGAAGUCCCCCUACCUUCCCUCCGCCCACAGAGUCAGCGGCCUCAUGUUGGCCAACCACACCAGCAUCUCCUCUCUGUUCGAGCGAACGUGUCGUCAGUACGACAAGCUGCGCAAGCGCGAGGCCUUCCUGGAGCAGUUCCGCAAGGAGGACAUUUUUAAGGACAACUUUGACGAGCUGGACAACUCCCGUGAGGUGGUGCAGCAGCUGGUGGACGAGUACAGCGCCGCCACCCGGCCCGACUACAUCUCCUGGGGCACGCAGGAACAGUAACGUAACUUUAAUCAUCUUUUUCACAGCAAAUACGUGCAUGUCUCUGAUAAUAUUAGACCUCCUUCACCAACAUAACAGGAUUUAUUUAGCUGUCUUGUAUGCUAAACGCUGGUCACAUGCUUGAAAUAUUUUGUUUUCAAGUGACAAAAUGAUUCUAAAAACACUGGAAUAUUAGAUGUGUACCUAAUCAAGUGUCCAGUGGCUUGUCGGACCUACUUUGACAUGUUCAUAAAAUAAAAAAAGAGAUAACAUUUAAACCUUCCUGCCGCGGUCUUUUAACAAUGGAGCCUCUGGAAAAAAGAAAAAAACACCCAAAAUCUAAUAAAAUGUUUUAUUAAUUACA